AUGGAAGGUUUCUACGGUGUUGAGGUCCGUGCCGGGCAGCAAGUGAAGCCCAAGAUCCCUGAGGAGCAUGCUCUGCGCCUGACGCAGAUCGCGCUUCCCGCGAACGCAAGUGCUGCGAUCUCACUUGUCAUCUGCUUCGAGGGGAAGCAGUUCACUGUUGCGACCCUUGACCCCAAGAAGAACACCUUGCAGAUGAGCACCGACCUCGUGCUCACAGAGGGCCAGGCCAUCACGCUCACUGCAACCGGUGCGGGCUCUGUGCACGUGACCGGCUACAUUCAGCCUGCCAGUGACGACAUGGGGAGCAUGGGUAGCCAUGACUUCGCCGACGAUGAGGAGGACGAUGAUGAUGAUGAGGAAGAUGAUGAGGACGUUCCCCCAACAAAAAUGAACGGCGCCAUUGCUGCCACCCGUGCCGCUGAGGAUGAUGAUGACGAGGAGGAUGAUGACGAGGAGGAUGACGAGGGUGAUGAGGACGAGGAAGGCAUGCCCGAGGAUGAUGAUGAUGAUGAGGAAGAUGACGACGAUGAGGAGGAUGACGAGGGUGAUGAGGACGAGGAAGGCAUGCCCGAGGAUGAUGAUGAUGAUGAUGAAGAGGAUGACGAGAGCGACGACGAACAGCCCACCAAGGUGCAGCGCACUGAGCAGGGUGGGUUCCGCGGUGGCAACCGCGGCGGUUUCCGUGGUGGACGUGGCGGUGAUCGCGGCGGUUUCCGUGGUGGACGUGGCGGUGAUCGCGGCGGUUUCCGUGGUGGACGUGGCGGUGACCGCGGCGGCUUCCGUGGUGGACGUGGUGGUGACCGCGGCGGCUUCCGUGGUGGACGUGGCGGCGAUCGCGGCGGCUUCCGUGGUGGACGUGGC